UUCAGGUCAUUCGUGUAAUAUUCAGAUUCAGAGCACAAACGUCACCUUUCUUUCUUGCUCAUUAGAAGAAACACUUCUAAAAAUGUAAACAAACCUACUCUGGAUUCAAAACUACUGUCAUUGCGAAGCUCUGGGCAUGGACUUAAGACAGCGUGGAUACCCCACGCGCGGCCGGGAUGGUCUUGACGCCAUGCCUCCGCUACCGCCGGCGCCGCCACCAGUUCCUCCACCAAUGCCGUCCGUCUACAACAUAAUCCCAGUCCACGACCUCUUAGCUGACCAUCCGUCUCUAAGAUGGCCGGAGGUUCGUGCUGUGGCAGCGGCGUUACGUAACGUGGGUGACCUGCGAAGACCACGAUUCAUGGUUUUUCCUCAAAACAUGGACCUUCUGGACUGGCUGGGUUGCUUCUUCGGGUUUCAAAACGACAACGUUCGGAACCAGAGGGAACACCUUGUGCUUCACUUGGCCAACACCCAAAUGCGUCUCCAGUCCCGGUCUUCUUCACCGGGCAUGCUGGACCCCAACAUCCUCCGGAAUUUCAGGCGGAAACUGCUCUACAACUACAAUUCGUGGUGCUCGUUUUUGGGACGUAAGUCACAAAUCCAACUUUCGAGUCGCCGAGAUGAAAAGAAUCUCCGGAGAGAGCUUCUUUAUGUUUCGCUUUUCUUGCUAAUUUGGGGUGAGUCAGCAAAUUUACGUUUCGCACCCGAAUGCAUUUGUUACAUUUAUCAUCAUAUGGCUAUGGAAUUGAACUAUGUUCUUGAUGAAAAACCUGAUGAGAAUACCGGUCAGCCAUUUUUACCUAAUUAUCCUGGGGACUGCGCCUUUUUGAAGAAUGUGAUUACACCAAUUUAUCAAACUAUUAAGGCUGAGGUGGAGGAUAGUAGGAAUGGGACGGCCCCCCACUCAGCCUGGAGAAAUUAUGAUGAUAUAAAUGAGUAUUUUUGGAGUAGGAGAUGCUUUAAGGUGCUGAAGUGGCCUAUUAAUACUGAUAGUAAUUUUUUUGCUACGGUUAGUAAGCGUAAAAGAGUGGGGAAGACGGGGUUUGUGGAGCAAAGAUCGUUUUGGAAUAUUUUUAGGAGUUUUGACAAGCUUUGGGUUUUGCUGAUAUUGUUUUUUCAGGCUUCUAUUAUUACUGCUUGGUCAGGUACCAGAUUACCGUGGCAAGCAUUGGAAUCUCGUGAUGUUCAGGUUGAGUUAUUUACUGUUUUUAUCACUUGGAGUGGACUUAGAUUUUUGCAGUCAAUACUUGAUGCUGGGACUCAGUACAGUUUGGUUACGAGGGAGACAGCAUGGCUUUGUGUGAGGAUGGUGUUGAAAACUCUUGUUGCUUUGACAUGGACUAUUGUCUUUGGAGUUCUUUAUGGGAGGAUUUGGAGUCAAAAGAAUGCUGAUACGAGGUGGUCAUAUGAGGCAAAUAGGAGGGUUGUGGAAUUUCUUGAGGCUGUGUUUGUGUUUGUUAUACCAGAACUAAUGGCACUUGUGCUUUUUGUUUUGCCUUGGAUAAGGAAUUGGAUAGAGGAGUUGAAUUGGCCACUUGUGUACUUGUUGACAUGGUGGUUUCAUACUAGAAUUUUUGUGGGGCGUGGACUGAGGGAAGGUCUGGUUAACAAUAUUAAGUAUACACUGUUCUGGAUUAUAGUAUUGCUGUCAAAGUUUUCAUUUAGUUAUUUUCUUCAGAUCAAGCCCCUCGUUGGCCCGACCCGAGCACUUUUGAGGGUAAAGAAUGUGGACUACCAUUGGCAUGAAUUUUUUAGUAGCACAAACAGACUUGCAGUAGUUUUGUUGUGGGUUCCAGUUAUUUUAAUUUAUUUGAUGGAUCUACAAAUUUGGUAUUCAGUAUUUUCAUCGGUUGUUGGUGCAGCAAUUGGGUUAUUCUCACAUUUGGGUGAGAUUAGGAAUAUCGAGCAGCUGAGGCUUAGGUUUCAGUUCUUUGCUAAUGCCAUGCAGUUUAACCUAAUUGCAGAAGAGCAGGCAUUUGGUCCAAAGGCAACAUUGUUGAAGAAGCUUCGUGAUGCAAUUCACCGAUUGAAGCUGCGAUAUGGACUUGGGAAGGUCUACAGUAAGAUUGAAUCUAGCCAAGUGGAAGCUACCAGAUUUGCCUUGAUUUGGAAUGAGAUAAUAUUGACAUUCAGGGAGGAAGAUCUUAUAAGUGAUAAAGAACUUGAGCUCUUGGAGCUGUCAACUAAUUGUUGGGAUAUUAGGGUUCUUCGGUGGCCAUGUAUCCUCCUCUGCAAUGAGCUGCUGCUUGCUCUCAGUCAGGCAACUGAGCUGGAUGCUGCACCUGAUCGGUGGCUUUGGUUGAAGAUAUGCAAGAAUGAGUACAGGCGGUGUGCUGUCAUUGAAGCUUAUGAUACCAUCAAGUAUUUGCUUCUCAAAGUUGUGGAGUAUGGUACAGAAGAGAAUAAAAUUAUUCAAAAAAUUUUCUCAGAGAUGGAAAACUAUAUGCAGGUUGAUAAGUUCACUGAGACAUACAAGAUGACAGUCCUCCCAGAAAUUCAUGCUAAAUUGGUAUCCCUUGUUGAGCUUCUGAUGAAACCAAAAAAGGAUCUGAGCAAGGUAGUGAAUGUAUUGCAGGCCUUAUAUGAACUUUCUGUUCGAGAAUUCCCUAGGGUGAAGAGAUCUGUUGAUCAACUUAGGCAGGAAGGUCUGGCCCCUCCUAGGUCAGCGUCAGCCACUGACAAAGGAUUGCUCUUUGAAAAUGCUGUGAGGUUUCCUGAUGCUGAAGAUGAUUUUUUCUGUAGGCAGCUACGACGUUUGCAUACAAUUCUUUCUUCAAGAGACUCAAUGCACAAUGUGCCAGUGAAUAUUGAGGCAAGACGGCGUCUAGCUUUCUUUAGCAAUUCUUUGUUUAUGAACAUGCCUCGUGCACCCCGUGUUGAGAAAAUGUUGGCCUUCUGUGUUCUAACCCCUUAUUAUGAUGAAGAAGUGAUGUAUGGAAAAGAGGGGCUUCGAAGUGAGAAUGAAGAUGGAAUUUCCACCCUGUUUUAUCUGCAGAAGAUCUAUGAAGACGAGUGGAAGAAUUUCAUGGAAAGGAUGCGCAGAGAGGGCAUGGAGGAUGACGAUGAAAUCUGGUCAGAAAAGUCAAGGGAUCUCCGUCUGUGGGCAUCAUACAGGGGGCAGACUUUAUCUCGUACUGUGAGGGGAAUGAUGUAUUACUACAGGGCUCUCAAGAUGCUUGCUUUUCUUGAUUCUGCAUCAGAGAUGGACAUCAGCAUGGGUUCAGAGCAUUUAGCUUCUCAUGGUUCAUGGAGUCAUAACAGGGGUUUAGAUGGUACCAGGUUACAAUCUUCAAAUGAACUCCUUGUGCCAGGACGUGGUGUCCGUCUUUUGUUUAAAGGGCACGAGUAUGGGAGUGCCCUGAUGAAAUUCACGUAUGUGAUCACUUGCCAGGUAUAUGGGCAACAGAAGGCAAAGGGAGAUCCUCGUGCUGAGGACAUUUUGUAUCUUUUGAAAAACAAUGAAGCCCUCCGAGUUGCCUAUGUUGACGAGGUUCACUUGAGAAGGGAUCUGGUAGAGUAUUACUCUGUUCUUGUUAAAUUUGAUCAGCAGCUGCAGAGGGAGGUGGAGAUCUAUCGAAUCAAGUUGCCUGGUCCCUUGAAGCUUGGGGAAGGCAAACCGGAAAAUCAAAACCAUGCUAUAAUCUUUACUCGGGGGGAUGCUGUUCAAACCAUUGACAUGAACCAAGACAAUUAUUUUGAGGAGGCACUGAAGAUGCGUAAUUUGUUGGAGGAAUUCAAUCAUCAUUACGGUAUUAGGAAGCCAACCAUAUUGGGUGUCCGUGAAAAUAUCUUCUCUGGGUCUGUGUCCUCUCUUGCUUGGUUUAUGUCUGCCCAGGAAACAAGUUUUGUGACCCUGGGGCAGCGUGUUCUGGCAAACCCUUUGAAGGUGCGGAUGCACUAUGGUCACCCAGAUGUGUUUGAUAGAUUCUGGUUCCUGCCUCGUGGUGGGAUCAGCAAGGCUUCUAGAGUGAUCAAUAUAAGCGAGGAUAUAUUUUCUGGCUUCAAUUGCACACUGCGAAGUGGUAAUGUAACACACCACGAAUAUAUACAGGUGGCAAAGGGAAGGGAUGUUGGGUUGAAUCAGAUCUCAAUGUUUGAGGCCAAGGUUGCUAGUGGCAAUGGUGAGCAAGUAUUGAGUAGAGAUGUAUACCGCUUGGGUCAUAGAUUGGAUUUCUUUCGGAUGCUUUCUUUUUUCUACACAACUGUUGGGUUCUAUUUCAACUCAUUGAUCCUGGUUUUGACUGUGUAUACGUUUUUAUGGAGCCGUCUUUAUUUUGCUCUCAGUGGAGUUGAGGAUGCAGCCAUGAAUAGUACCAACAAUGGUGCCAUGGGUGCAAUUCUGAAUCAGCAGUUCAUCAUACAACUUGGUCUGUUCACUGCUCUCCCAAUGAUUGUGGAGAACUCUCUCGAGCAUGGGUUUCUUCCUGCAGUUUGGGACUUCUUGACUAUGCAGUUGCAACUUGCAUCAUUGUUUUACACAUUCUCUUUGGGAACCCGUUCCCAUUUUUUUGGUCGGACUAUUCUUCAUGGUGGUGCAAAGUACCGAGCGACUGGGCGUGGUUUUGUGGUUCAGCAUAAGAGCUUUUCUGAGAACUAUAGACUGUUUGCUCGAAGCCAUUUUGUGAAAGCAAUUGAGCUUGGUGUUAUUUUGAUAGUGUAUGCUUUCCACAGUCCCCUAGCUAAGGAUACUUUUGUUUAUAUUCUCAUGACAAUCUCAAGCUGGUUCCUUGUGGUGUCGUGGAUAAUGUCUCCCUUUGUGUUCAAUCCAUCUGGAUUUGACUGGCUGAAGACUGUCUAUGACUUUGAAGAUUUUUUAAAUUGGAUAUGGUAUAAUGGGGUUUUUACGAGAGCAGACCAGAGUUGGGAAAAAUGGUGGUAUGAAGAACAGGACCAUCUAAGGACAACUGGUCUUUGGGGAAAGCUAUUGGAGAUUAUUUUAGAUCUUCGUUUCUUCUUUUUUCAGUACGGUGUUGUUUAUCAGCUGCGCAUUGCUGCUGGACAAACCAGUAUUGUUGUUUACUUGCUGUCUUGGAUAUGCAUGAUUGUGGCAGUUGGGAUCUAUGUAAUCAUAGCAUAUGCUCAAAAUAAAUAUGCCGCAAAGGAUCACAUCUAUUAUCGUUUAGUUCAGUUGCUAGUCAUUGUACUCGUAAUACUAGUGAUUGUCCUAUUGCUGGAGUUCACUAAAUUACAAUUUCUUGAUCUUUUGACCAGCCUGUUAGCAUUCAUCCCCACAGGAUGGGGCCUAAUAUUGAUCGCCCAGGUUCUUAGGCCUUUUCUGCAGUCCACAGUGGUAUGGGAUACGGUUGUUUCCUUGGCUCGGUUGUAUGAUUUACUGUUUGGAGUGAUUGUCAUGGCUCCUGUGGCAUUUUUGUCAUGGUUGCCUGGAAUGCAGUCAAUGCAGACAAGGAUACUGUUCAAUGAAGCAUUCAGCAGGGGUCUACAGAUUUCUCUUAUUGUUUCUGGCAAAAAGUCUGUAUGAACUUUCGGUCGUCCAGUGGAACUAUAUUUAGCUAAGAUAUAUGAACUGCCUGUUUUUACUUUAACAUUCUUAACGGUUGUCUCGCUGUGUCAUCCAGUUAUCACAUGGCCAAUGAGGAAUCCAAUCAUCUCUGCUUCAACUUCAUGUUUUGGUCUUUUUAUCUGGUAAAAUUUGUAUUAUGCUCUAGGUCCUGUACUGGCAUAGCACAGUUGGUGGUUGGUAGAGUAAAACUUCUGUACAUACUUUGGCCUGUACAUUGUAGCUUCUGUUUGGUAGUUUCCUAAUAGUAGGCUAUGACAUUUCCACUAAUUAUCAAAUUACUGGCUGGCUGGUUGCUCCUUUUA